CCGCGUCCGGUGCGCGGCGGUUGUGGAAGGAUCCCGGCGGCGGGGCCCGGGCGGGCGCGAUGUCGGGGCUGCUGCACACCACGCUCAGCGGGCUCAACAGCGACUCGUACUGCGAGAUCAGCCAGUACCGCGACCAGCACUUCCGGGGUAGCAGGCAGCUGCAGGAGAAAUCGCUGAAGAUUUCCUCCACGCUCUAUGUCGGCAACCUGUCCUUCUACACCACCGAGGAGCAGAUCCAGGAGCUCUUCUCCAAGUGCGGGGAUGUCAAGAGGAUUGUCAUGGGUCUGGACAAGAUCAAGAAAACCCCCUGUGGCUUCUGCUUUGUAGAGUAUUACACAAGAGCAGAUGCUGAGCACGCCAUGAGGUUCAUCAACGGCACCCGGCUGGACGACCGCAUCAUCCGCACGGACUGGGACGCAGGGUUUAAGGAGGGGAGGCAGUAUGGGAGAGGAAAGACUGGAGGACAGGUGCGAGAUGAAUACCGGACAGACUACGAUGUGGGAAGAGGUGGCUUUGGCAAGAUCAUCCAGAUGCAGAAGGCAAAUCACCAGCCUGCAAUCUAUUAAUUGCCUCGUGGCUCCUAGCUCGUAGAGGGCUCUGUCCUUCCAGAGCUAGCCCUGUUCUCACAUUUGGGAUGGGGUAUGGAGUGAUCCAAGUUCCAGCAAAAGGUGACUCUCCUUAGACUGUGGAUAUACAUGUGUUCAUUCUCCCUUCUUCCUGAGCUAGAGAGGAUGUUCUGUGCUGAUACAGGGCAACAAAGGGGAAAAAUGGACAGCUCUGUAGGAUUUUGGGCAAGAAGAAAUGCAGCAUGUCACACACACCUUAUGCUAUGACAUACUCUUCAUGUUGCACUUAAGCAGGUGGCUGCCUCCAAGCUGCAACUGCAGCUGUGGUUGCUUUCAAAUUGAACUUUUUAAAAAACAUUAUCACCAUUGGAGCCCUCCAGGUGCUUGGGCACCAGUGAGGAUGCAGAAGAGAUUCAGGUUUCUAAUUUACAACCUCACCUGCUCAAUAAACAGUAUCACUGUUUGAAUGAGAGAAGUGGACACGGUCUUACCAUCCACUUGGAGGUGCUUGUCUGCACAUCUAUCCCUUUGGUUGGUCAGGGCCUGCAGAGCAUUUCUCUUUGUGAUGCCCCCAGUGCUGGCUGCCUGGCUUUUCAGAUCCUCACUGUUCGGUGUGAUUUUGUUAAAAGUUUCUGUUAAUUUUUUUAAAUAAACAGUUGUAUUUGGUCUGA